AUGGUCAAGACACUCCAGUUUGCCGACCAGCAGGUCCCCGUCCCCGGGUUUGGCGCGAUGGGCCUGAAUUCUGCCAUGGGGACGGACUUCGACUAUGAGCAGUCUGAGCCGAUUCUCUUGAAAGCCAUGGAGCUUGGAUGCACGUUCUGGGAUACCGCGGUCGCCUACAAGCAGGGCGAGAACGAAAAGAUUCUUGGCGAAUUCGUCAAGAAGCAUAAUGUCCGCGACAAGGUUUUCGUUGCCUCCAAGUGUGGAUUCGAUGUCUUUGGCCCAGAACGCAAGGUCACCAACUCGGCUGCUCACAUCAAGGAAUACAUCAAAGGGACGAUUGACAGGCUUGGUUUUGCCCCUGAUCUUUACUACCUGCAUCGUAUCGAUCCGAACACACCUCUGGAAGAGUCGAUCGGCACUCUGGAUGCGCUCCGCCGCACGGGAAAAACCAAGUAUAUUGGUCUAUCCGAAUGCUCUGCUGCGACCUUGCGCAAGGCCCAUGCCAGUUCGUCUCCCUCCAAUCGUACAUCUACCAAUCACAUAAGAAACGAGCCUGCUAAUCAAUUAUACCCUACCUUUCUAGUCGCCAAAAUCGACGCUGUGCAAGCCGAGUACUCUGCGUUUGAGACCCUGCAUGAGACAACCGGGCUGAUCGAAACAGCAAAGGAACUAGGCGUGGCUUUUGUAGCUUUCAGCCCGUUAGGCCACGGCUGGCUGGUCGAUGACUUCCAGUUCAAGUCGCCUGAUGACUUUGCGCCUACUGACUUUCGACGCACCGUCCCCAAAUUCCAAGGCGAGAACUUCUACAAGAACAAAGCCAUCGUUGACGAGAUCAAGAAGCUCGCAACGAGAAAGGGAUGCUCGGUUGCGCAGAUCGCUCUCGCGUGGGUUGCUGCGCAGGGGUUGAUUACCAUUCCAGGAACAACAAAGGCCUCGCGGCUCGAGGAGAACUGGGCGUCUCGGGACAUUGUGCUGACGGAGGAAGAGCUGAAGGAGAUGCGGAAGAUCGUGGAUGAGGCGAAGCCGACUGGGGAUAGGUUCGCUCCGAUCUUCCAGUCGAUGGUCGGGCAUUGA